AUGAAGCUCAAGCUCCGCACCCAGAGCACCGAGGCCCUCAAGACCACCCUCUCCCUAAUCUCGCAAAUCCGUCGCUUUGUCAUUCUCCAGUUCACACCAUCCCAGCUCCAGGUCAUCCUGGUCAACGGUCAGUCGGUCACCCUGGAGCCCCAGGUGUGGUGCAAGCUCAACAUGACCACCAUGUUUGACCAGAUCGAGAUCCAGAGCUUGCGAGACAACACCAUUCUGCUCGAAAUUAACGUGGAAUUGCUUCUCCAGACCUUGCGUAACUUCGAUAGGGCCAACAGCGACGGCCUAAACAUCCGGCUUCAGCGCAAGGACUCAGCUGGAGGCCAGGGAGUCAACACCCACAACGGAAGAACCGCAUCGUUGGCGCUUUUCUACUCCAAUUUUAAUGCCAACACCAACACCAUCAACCACACGUUCCGCAUCCCUGUUAAGAUCCUCAAAAGCUCCCACGACUCGGCCAUGUUGCGGGAACCCGAGUUGAGCGAGGUCGAUCUCAUCAUGAGGCUCCCUCCCGAAUUCGUAGCCACCUACAAACGACUCGAAAAAUUCAAAAAGACCGCCAACAACGACUUAGUGACCAUCAAGGCUACCAGGCGAAGCGGGGGCUUCCUUGGGUUUGUGUUGGAGGAAGAUGGCAAGUACAAGGUCACUAUCAGUUGGAACCAACAGCUCGAGGUCCAGAAACCCAAUGCUGAUGCAAAUUUCGACAGUGACUCCAUACGAUUGGCUGUAUUGAAAAACCAGGACCAGGGCCCCGACGAGGAGGACCCGUCGGAAGACAAGGAGAUUUCCGUGCGUCUUAAGGACUGGCAAAUGGCGUCUAAGAUCGUGGCCACCUGUAAGACGGUGGUAUUUUUGAUCACUCCGCGAGAGGUGGUACUUCACUGCAUGCUCGAAGACUCUGAAGACGUGGAGAUCAUAUACUACAUUGCUGGGAUCCGGCGUGAUCCCUUUUAG